GCUGAAACGGAUUUAAUAAAGCGGAUCAAUAAUAACUGGAAUGGAAGUGACUACUUAGCUACGUCCUAUAUUGACGUCGGGGAAGUUCGAAGAGCGCGUUUACCACGCGUUAAAUCCUGUGAAAACAUAGCUUUACGACAUCCUGUCUGCAUGCAUGCAUGGAUUGAAUAUAACACGUGUUUUCAGUGUACCAUCUAUAUUUGAUAUAACACGGAUAUGCUAGCAUUCCAUAGCGAAAUGAGGGAGGGGAUAAAUGAUAUAAAUACCGAGCACAGAACAGCGAGUAGUUGUAAUCAUUGUAUAGCAGUCAGUGCGUGUAAGCAGCACCAAAAAGCAGUGGUAUAAGAAGGACGACCUGUGACAGUGGCAUUCGUACAUCUAUAUAUACUUUUGGUGAGUAAUACAAAUUGCAAUUAUUAGCAUUGUGCCUUCUUAGCUUUUGGGCAAUGUACAUAUAUUAGAUCAUUAAUUAUAUGCAAUCCUAAAUCACUACAAGAAAGUUUGUGAAAUGUACGUCUUCCUCAUUUCCUAUGAUAUUGGGUUGCAUGCAUGGAUACUUAUAUAAAAAACAGCUUACAUGCACUGAAUGCGCUACAUUUUUGGUUCGGCACGGAUGAGAUUUGUACAUGAGUACACGUAUUUUUAGCAGUGCUAGGACACCUAUAUUAUACACUCAGGCUGGCUUGGCCCAUGCAGGUUUUGAAGAUUAUUUUAUUUAUAUUUGAAAUAAUUCUAUACGCAUUCCUAAAUUUGUGUCUACGUUUCUAGGCAAUUUUUAAACGCUUCCUUUCAGUUCAAUAUGUCUAAAAAUCGGUCGAAACGUUCCAAACGCGCAGCCCUGCAUGAACGAUCCAAGCACGCCAACUACUGCAAACACUAUAUCCGUAUUCAUAAAACCAAGUAUGUUGAAGUAACACAAUUUUUUUUCAUUUUUAUAAGACAUGUGUAUAUGUUACAUGUACGAACCCAACAGAAAAUGUGUUUUUGCCUGUCCACUAAAACUGUACACAUUCAAGCUCCAAAUGGUGUGUUUCGAUCAAUCAAUCAAUAAAUUUAUUCAAGGUACAAUGAUAUUUACACACAAAGGCCUUGAAGGAGCAGCCAGAGGUUAUAACGAACUCCUUCUACAUACGUGAACGUAAUUUGAAAAUUUAGAGAUAGAAUAUCAAUGUACAAGAGUUAAAGUAAGUUCAUAUACCGCUUGAGUUGACUUUUGAAUUCGUUUAAAGUAGUUACUUCAACAACUCUGCCAGGCAAACUAUUCCAUGAACUGAUAAUUCUGACCAAAAAUGAGUACUUAUAUAACAAUUAAUUUUAGGUAGUUUAGUAUGUCUAUAUUCUAGGACAUGCAUCACUAAAUGUUAUGCCGUUGAGGCCAAAAACUGUUUUAUAACACUCUAUAUAUAAAAAAAAUUCUCUACGCUUUUCUAAAGUAUCCCAUUUUAAUACGUCACGCCUUGAGUAUCAAUGCGACAGUGCAGUGAGUGCAAUACUUUUAUACUUUGCUGACAGUAUGCCACGGGGAAAAUAUAUCACACCCCAUAGUUUCUGCGCACUUUGAGGAACAUUUGAAAUGGACAAACCUAGGAUCCGAGGAACAUUGGAUACUUUUUCCAAAUCUGAACACAAUUCAAAUAAGGUUACGUGACUGAGAGUGGCAGAGAUAAAGCUUGAUAGUGCCUUAUUAAAGUUUCAUAAUCGGAUUCAGUUUUGUUAAUCGUUUAUAGUCAUUCGAGAGACUCGAACAUGUGAUUCCGAUGAGUCUGUGACCAGUGGCGUAACGUUAUAUCAGGCAUUCAGGGGGCCCCCGGUUCAAAAUUUUCGAAGGCCCCCCUAGUAGAAGUGCCAAAGGCACGAGUCGAGCGCCGUAUAUGCACGAAUUAUCUAUAGGGGGUCCAGGGCAUGCUCAUCCGUGAAAAUUUUUAAAUUUAGACUCUCUGAAAUGCCAUUUCCUUUGACUUUGGGGAGAGAUUUUACAGAAUUCUGAUGGUCAUCAGAGGCCCUGACCAAUGUUUUUGCUCUAUCGCCUAAGCCUGGGGGCCCCCAUUUAGGUUGGAGGCCCCCGGGUUCUCCCGGUCUGAGCCCAUAGUAGUUACGCCACUGUCUGUGACUCAAGAGUGUUGCGUUUUCAGCUUCAGUUGGGGAAACAUGUUCUGCACUCCCAAAAAAUUUAAGACCUGUAUGCCUAUGAUCGAGAUACACCAUGAUUCGUGCACAGUUUAAGAUUAUUUUUACAUUGUAUCGGAUAGCUUGUAGAGCGACGCAAAACCCAUAUACCGGAUAGGGCCUGUGUUUACAUAUGAAAUGCAUGAUGGACUCGUAUCAAUUUGUUCAUCGACGCGUCGGUGCGGCGCGCUACUCUUCCAAGUGGUACGUGUUGUACCGGGUUGGUUUUGGCAAUGCUGUCAUUGUAACGUUAACAGCAUGCAGUGAUAGCAAUAGAAGAUACCUACAAACAAACAAACAAGCACUUGCUUUUCUAACCUUAUUUUUUGGUAUAAUCUCCAAUAUUUUUGUUUUUGGUGAAUAUACAGCUAAUUCAAUUAACGUUGUCCUUCCAAAACCUUAAACCUUAAAUUCUGAGCGCGCAAGGGAUGAUGAGUUAUUGCUUAUUUAGACUCAUAAACUUGGCUUUGUAAGAAUACCUAAGACAUAUAAAAGACUCUCAACAGAAAAUAUACUUGCUGCAAAGGCAAUGGAAGGACAACCUUAAUUGAAUCAGCUGUAUACAAGAAUUGACGAAGGAAAUAGGAGUGGGCAGCUGGCCCCGCUGCUCUGCCAGCCCUGAUUUCAUCAGUGGAAGAGCAAGUCAGCAAAAUGUUGCUACCCAUUUUGUUCCAAUAAUCGGACAAUUCUAAAUCGACUGCUAUAUAUUUCAGGUAUGUUUCCUAUUGUUCCUCGUUCCAAAGCCCCAGGGGUCGACUUAUGCGGCGAUGAUUAUUACGGUCACCACUACAUCAUUCGAUCAGAUGCUGGUGUUUACAUGAGAUCAGACAACUUGAACAAAGUAAGUAAUAUAGAGGUAUUUGAUAUUCACUACUCGUGCAAGGGGGGAGAUCACUACCUGGCUAACAAUGGCUACUUCUAUAUCAUCAAUGGUACCAAUUACCGCAGAGUGACUAACAUGACUACUGAUGCCGACUCUACAGUCUAUGCACUCCAUCCCAAUUGCCAAGGUGGAGAUCACUACUUGUCCAUGUGUGGCAAAUUUUACAUCAUCUACAAAGAUCGAGGUAUCUACAGGAGGACAACCAACAUGAAUAAAGACGAGAAUGCUGUGGAAUAUCAUCUCCAUCCCAGCUGCAGAGAUGGCCUUUACUACUGGGGCAAUAUGAAUAACAACUUGGAUAGAGUUGAUAAUUCCUUUGCUAUGGGUGUUGUAAAAUUUCUACCAGGUGGACUAGCGACCACAAACGGACCUGCUUUUGGAGAAUGGGAGCUUUUAAAGAGUUUUGAGAAUACAUCCCAUGUUACAGUUGAUUGGUCCAAGCAAGUCAGCCAUCAAAGGGGAGCAAAGAGGGAAAAGCUGUCAAGUAUCGAACACGACUGGAACUUCAAGGUGACCGCCAGUUACAGCAGUGGAAAACUUGCUGCAAACUUCGCCAAAUUCCAGAUAUCCUUGGAAGCAAGUUAUGGCGGAAAGUAUGUUAACACCACGAAGGAAAGCUGGGAUGACGUGACGACGGUGACAGAGAAAGUAAGUGUAUCUGUACCUCCUGACCAGCAAGUCUGUUUCUGGCAAUACAAAGUUGGCUUGGGAGACGAGGAUAUCCUUUUCUGUCCGAAAAUGAAGAUGACCCAUAGUAAAGAUCCCCCUACUGAAAUUCCUCUUAAGACUGUAUAAUUUCUGCAUAACCUAUAGUGGCUCUGUUCGCUCCAUGUGAGGUAAUCCAGGAGGUAUUUGGAUUCCGGAUCCCACUGCUUGGAUUCUGGAUCCUAUUCCUUGGAUUCCGGAUUCCACAUCUUGGAUUCCGGAUUCCGAAACUAUAGUGGAUUCCGGAUUCCAAUUUCAGGGCCGUAGCUAACGUGUAUAGUUGGGGGGAGGUGUAGGCCUAAAAUUUCCGAAUGACGAAAACAUUUUCCGAAUAUUGCAUGGCAUGCGAAGCCACGAAGGUGUUUGCUAUCCGGAAAAUGAAGACGCUAUUUACAAACAAAAAUACGCAUAUUUUACGCACAGACAUAUUAAAGUACAUGCCGUAGAAAGUUCUUUUUGAUUGGAGGGCAGAGAACGAGGGCCGAAGGCCCGAGGAAAUUUUUAAAUUUAGAGUCUCUGAAAUGCCAUUUCCUGGACUUUGGGGAAGUUUUGACAGAAUUCUGAUAGUCAGAAAAUAGUGUUUUAGUUUGUCGAAAUUUACAAUUUGCUUACAAUUUAGUAGUAGUAAAUGGGCGAAGGCGUAUUUAAUUAACUAUACAUAUUGGAGAAAUUGCAGGAAAGUAUGGGUAAUAGAUUCUUUGCAGUUUGUCAUGGAUAAUGUAACCGCUUAAAAUUAAUCAAUUGUCCGUAUUUUAAAGGUUAAAUGAUAAAGGUCUGCAUGAUUUUGAAAAAAAGAAUGAUUAUAAGCAAAUUAUUGGGAGGGCUGCACCACACAGCCCCCCCCCCCCCUGUUGCUACGGCCCUGAGAAGUAAUAAACCGAAAAAUAUUUACCGAUUUAAUUACUAUUUGUUAAAUGUUAUCCAUGUAAAUGCCAUGAUUUCGUAAAUCAGUUUAUACUGAUACUACAAUUAUAUUAGUUUCUCUGCUUAACAACUAAAAUUUCGUUAUACUAUUAUUGACCUAAUUUUCCGAAUGGCCAACCCGAUUUUCCGAAUAUGUUAAUUCUCAAAAAAGUUGGGGGGGGUGUUAACCAUUCCCCCCCCCCCAAAUACCCCUCGCUACGGCCCUGUCAAAUUUAUUAUUUUGUGUAUUGCAAAGCCAAUAUCAGUUCCCAGUGCAUCUGAGUUCACAGUACUAAAUAGCAUUUAUUUUCGAGGAAAUUGUUAAAAUGUUCACAAGUAACUCUAAUUAAUAAUAAAUUUUAUAUAGCAGACAUAACUUAUAGGUGUAAUGUUUCAAAACGGACAGGCGCACUAUAUUUUUGUAUCAAACACAGGCUCGAUUUGAUGUAAACGACCUUCAGCGUUUUAAUAUUUCAUGCGAAAUUAAAAAAAAAUGCAUUUUAUUCUAAUGUAAAUGUAUAGACGGGUCAAGUGUCUGGUUGGCUGGGCACCGAGUAUAUAUAAAUAAAAUAAAAUAAGAUUGACAAGGAAAUAAUACACACCUUUUCUCAUUUGAUUCCUUACUGUGUUUGGAAUGUUUCCCCAUGACCAAGUCCGAAAAAUCGCUUCGUAGUCGACUCAAAAGCUUAAGAUGCACCAAGAUGCACGAGCUUAAGAUGCACUUAAGAUGCACGAGCUUAAUCUACAGCCCUGGGCAAACUAGGAAACAUUGUUUUCUGCCAAUGUUCGCCAUGUUUCCCAAGGUGGACAAACACUAAGAAACAAUAUUUCCGCAACAAAAAUCGCACUUGGGAAACAUGAAAUAUUUCUGAAUUUGAUAGGAAAAUUUCUGCUUCUCGGGAAGCAAAUUGUGUUUCUAUAACGAUGUUUCCACGGGUGGCAAACACAGUAACACUUGACGAAACAUGGCGAAUCAAUGUUUCCGCAACAAUGUUUCGUAGUUUGCCCAAGGCGGCGUCGGACGUGACAUAAAAACCGUUGCUAAUGUUUGGAAUCCAGUUUUAUUAUAUGCAGCUUCACUUGCGUCUCUGACUUUGUUUACCAACUGGAGGCCAUAAUUUUUAUCCGUGUAGUGAAACUGUGGGAAUCCGAACGACUGCGUCGUAGAUUUGGUGCAUCGUAAGCUCGCUAUUGUAUAUAAACGGCACCAAGAUGCAAACGGUAUAUAAGAAUGUGCAUUAUACACCGGCUAGUAAUCGGAAGGCGAGCGGGCGCAAACAGUUUCUCAAACUUGAAAGAGCCUGGACAUAUUUCUUGGAGUUAAAUAAAAGAGGAGAUGGUUAACAAUGUUUUUUAUGUUUUUAUGGGUUUUUUUUCUAAAUUAAUAACUGACAUGAAUGGAUUCCAGAACGACCUGGGCUCUGGAUUCCGGAUUCCUCAGUUAUUUGGAUUCCGGAUUCCACUGUCUGGAUUCCGGAUUCCAAGACUCUGGAUUCCGGAUUCCUAAACCAACCAAAAGUCGGAUUCCGGAUUACCUCACAAGGGGCGACUCUGUAUGAAGAAACAGCCGUUUGAAAAGCACGACAUUAUCUGAACUGUGCGUACUGCAGCUUAAACCUUUUUAAUUUUUGUAGAUUGUGAUGAGCACUCAUCACGUAUGUUCAACAUAAAAAGUUCAACGUAAUUUACAAAUAUACGUAAAUUUUACGCGGACGGUGUGUUGUUGUCAAGGCA